UCUCAUCAAAUUAUUUCGAAUUGUAAAAAUUAUUGUUAAAAAAAAAAGUGAUCAAUAAUUUUUUUUUAUUUCUCUAUUUAUAUUCGUUUUUAGUAUUUAUUAAUCCUUAUUUAAUAACGUCAUAGUUUUUCUUAUCUUUGAUACAUAAAAAGUGUCUUCCUUAUUUUUAAUAGCAAUCCACAUAUAAUAUAUUUUAAAAGCCAUGAUUUCUGCCACGAAUGAAACAUCGUUGAUAGAUAGAAAAAUAUGUCCUUUUAUGGAAAAAUGUUACAGAAAAAAUCCAAUACAUUUUGCAGAAAUGUCACAUCCACAUUUGGAAAGAUUAGUAAUCGAUCAAUUGGACGAAACAAUCAAAAUACCAAAUAAUCUAGAUUUUGAGUGCGAUCGCACUCAACUGUUGCAGCAAUUAAAGGUGAUGCAAGUUAUAUUGAGAAGAGAAAGGGACAGAGACGUAGAUAGUUUCUUACAAUUAAAGAUAAACUUAUUUUCAACAGUUACUACGAAAAGCUCUUCUACCUCAGAAAGUUCAAAGACUAAAGAUGUUAUGACCAAUAGAAGAACAAAUGAACAGAAAAUGGAAAUGAAUGAUAAAAUAAAAAAUCUUUCAGAGACUGCGAACGAAAAUAAUAAAAAAGAACCUGAAAUGUUAACUACGAUGGUUAAUGAAAAAUUAGAAGAUAUUGUGAAGAGUGAAAAAAGAAAUAUUCAAAGCGAAGAAAUGACAAAAAAAAUUAAAGCAAAUAAUAAUAUUAUUGAUAGUGUUGUUAAAGCAAGUAGUUCUAGAGAAUGCAAUUCAAAUGCUAAAAGCAUGGAAAGUAUAGCAAGUAGCUCAACUGAUAAUACUUCUUUAAUGGAUAUGUAUUUGUCCAGUAAAGAUUGCAAAGAGAGAGAACAAAUGCGAAAUAAAGCGAUAAAAAUGAUGAAACGGGAGGGUUUUCAAAUAUAUGAAGUGACGCCUGGACAAUUUAUUCAUAAAUAUAAGCGUGCCAGUCCGUAUAAUAUAUUUUUUACAAGAAUAAGGAAAUCAACCCAAACAAGUAAUGAAUCGCUUACCGUAACCUUUCCUGAAAUAUUAGAUAUCAGUCUUGGAGAAAUAAAAUCCAGUCUACAAAUUAAUUUCAUGGUUGACGUUGGAUGGCUUUGCUUACAAUAUUUAUUAGCAGCACAAAAAGCCAAUAUAACGAUUGUAUAUCAAGAUAGAAUGGACAAUGAAAAGUUAGGCGAUAAUAUUACCUUAGUACGUGUUGCUGCACCAUCACGAUUUGGUUGUCAUCAUACAAAAAUGAUGAUCCUGAAAUAUCAGGAUGGUGGAAUCAGAAUUGUAAUGUCUACUGCAAAUUUAUAUGAGGAUGAUUGGGAAAAUAGAACUCAAGGACUUUGGAUUUCUCCUUAUCUACCUCCAAUAAAGGGAUCUAUUGACACGGCUAGUGGAGAAUCUAAAACAGGUUUCAAAAAAGACCUCAUACAGUAUUUGAAUAACUACCAAAAUUCAGCUUUAGUCAAUUGGAUCUUUACGGUACGAAUGGCGGAUUGUUCAGCCAUUAAUGUUUUCUUCAUUGCCUCAGUACCUGGCACACACUCAUUAAAAAAUAUAGAUUCAUGGGGCCAUAAAAAAUUGGGUCAUGUUCUAUCCAAUCAUGUUACUUUACCAGCAGAUGCACCAAAUUGGCCAAUAAUUGCACAAAGUUCCAGUUUAGGAAGCCUGGGACCGCAAUAUAGCAGUUGGUUAGGGAAAGAUAUCGUACUAUCCAUGUCAAAGGAAACUGAUAAAUCAUUGAAGAGUCCUCCGACAUUUUAUUUUAUCUUUCCUAGUAUUAAAAAUUACAGAGAAAGUUAUGACUGUCGACAACUUUCUUGCUGUUUAUGUUAUAAUUUGCUGACGCAUUCAAAACAAGAAUGGUUCCAGUCUUAUUUACAUCAAUGGAAAGCUUCAAAGAUGCAUAGAACCAAAGCAAUGCCACACAUUAAAACUUAUGCAAGAUUAUCACCUGAUUUAAAAAAGAUGGCUUGGUUCAUGCUAACCAGCGCGAAUUUAAGUAAAGCUGCAUGGGGAAAAUGUGGUACGAACUAUUCCAUAAUGAGUUACGAAGCUGGUGUAUUAUUUCUUCCUGAAUUUGUGACCGGAGAAAAGAUGUUCUCGUUAGAAGGUAAUGACUCGAAAUUUCCACCAUUUCCUAUUCCAUACGAUCUACCAUUAACUCCUUACGAAACGGGCGAUCGACCAUUUGUGACGGAAUUUUUCCGAGAGUGAAAGAAGAUUUUCCAUAAAUGAUUACACGGGUACGUUAAAUUUACGUUACAAUGGACGAUAUGUGAUAUUAAUGGCGCGCUCUUUCUACCCUCCUACUUUACUAUCAUUAUUCCUAUUAUAUUUAAUAACACUAUACAUGUAUAUAUAAUGAUUUGUUUUUAUAGCUAUGUAAUUUAUUAUUGGACGAUAUGUGUACAAAUAUUUUCUAAUAAAAAAUUCAUUUAUUUCCAUUGAAAAAUUAAA